ACGGAAGUGAAGCCCGCUGGGUGUGGGUACAGAUCCGGGUCAGAGCGGCGGGGUGACCCUGACGGCGAUGGGGGCCCAUCUAGCGCGGCGGUACCUGACCGACCCCGAUGUCGAGCCUGACCCCAGCAAGAUCCCCAGCUUCCCGCCCGACCUGGGCUUCCCGGAGCGGCAGGAGCGCGUGAUGAUUGCGACUCAGCAGGAGAUGAAUGAUGCCCAGUUGCCCCUCAGUCAGCGAGAUUACUGUGCUCACUACCUCAUCAAAUAUCUGAAGUGCAAGCGAGACAUGUGGCCCAAUUUCCUGGAGUGUAAGCACGAGCGUCACGAUUGGGAUUACUGCGAGCACAAGGAUUAUGUGAUGCGUAUGAAGGAGUACGAGAGGGAGAGGCGCUUACUGAUGAGGAAGAAGAAAAUGGAUGAGAGGCAGGCAGCAUAGCCAACUUUCCUGGAGAUGCUGAGUAACUGAGUGUGUGUCUCCCUCGGAGAACAGCACCCUGAUCUGGCCUGGGUGUCCUGUGGGUGAUUUUUUUUUUGUAUAUAAUUCUAAUAUCUCCUAACAUCAAUAAAAGGUCCAGUUAUAAACCCAA